AUGCCCGGCCGCAAUGAUGCAGCUCCCCCGUGGGUGCCACCCACCUGGUCUCCCGAGCCGUCCAUGGGCGUGUUGCCGGUCAUCACGAACCCAGAGGAUUAUCCCGACCGCGCACCCGGGAGCAACGCCGCAACGGCAGCCUCAGCAGCUGGUGUUCGAGCUUUAAGCGCCCAGCUCGUUGCAUUCUACUUCCGCGCCCCGGCAAAGGCCUUCUUCCGGACUCGUGUUGACUAUCUGGCGUAUGCGAGGACCGUCCAUCACCAGCAACUCAAGAGCAUGUUAGAUGCUGUUGCCAGGGACCACUCCGCCUCGAAAACGAGGGUGUUUCUACGUCACACCUGGAUUUGGAUGAGAAGCACGACUCCCGGAGUUCUCACCUCUGCCAUCAAACAACAGGGAUGGAGCGUCGUCCCCCAUCAGAUUCUGCCGCCUCUCAUCGCCAACGUUGGUGUCGGCGCAGUUUUGUAUACUAGUUAUUUACACAUCCUUGGUCAUUUACACGAAGAAAGCGGGAAAGCCACCAAGCGUGUCUAUCCGCCACCGUCACCACAACACACAUUUACAGCUGGUUUUCUUGCCGGUGGCCUUCAGAGCGUUCUCGCAGCUCCGCUGGAUGCGCUUCAGGCUCGAUAUGACCACCACGACUUGAUGCCCAGUGAUGGCAGUAACCGGCCCCGGAGCAUGUGGAGUUUCGGCUCGGAAAAGCUACGAGAAAUCGGCCUACGAGGAAUUUUCGCCGGCUGGGGACUGUCCUUCGCAAAGGAUAGCUUAGGCAGCGCCGUCUUCUUCAGCAUGUUUGAGUAUGUCAAAGCUCAAGGGUACUACCGCUUCGUGACGUGGUACUACGGUGGUCUGGGCCAAGACAUUGUCGAUUUUCUCGCCAUGAAGCGACCUUCUAAGCAGGAUGAGGAAAGCGAAGUCACCAUCAUUCGACCCCAUUAUGCAAUAGAGCCAGCAUUCUUAUUCAUUGCCGGAUUCAGCGCGUCAUUUUCUCAGCAACUUCUGCUUCAUCCCUUAAGUCACUUCCAAGUCAAGCACUGGGACCACCUGGAAGAUUUGGAUGAAAAGGCGGCCAAGUAUAGAGCAUCAAGGGCCGCUAAUCCAGAUCAACCGCGUCGAAGGUGGAAGAUGCUGCGGGCGUAUUAUCACGCGUACCAAGAGACCUGGGCAGGGUGCUCGGCCGAAGCAGCUGCUGAGGGACAGAGCUUGACGAGGUGGCUUUAUCGAGGAUUUUGGUGGAACACGAUUAGACAGGUUCCCAGUACGAGUGCUGGACUGAUUAUUUUCGAAUUGAUACGGCGCAAGUAUGGGUACGGCGCGGAGGAAGUGCGGAUUACAAAGGACGGGUACGAUAUCCUGCUCAAUUAG